GGUGGGUGGAGUGCUACCACUAUAUAAAGGAAGAGUGUAGAAAAUAUAACCUGUUUAGGCAACACACAAGCCAAGCUAAGCAUGGCUGAAAAUAUGGUGGAGCUCAACCUUGAUUUAGGUAGCUUCUUCAGCCGUCAUGCAGGGCAGUCCCCUAGGCCGCGGUGCCCGGCACCGUUUCUCUUGAAGACCUAUGAUUUGUUAGAAGAAGGUGGUGCAGAAGAAGAUGGUGCCAAAAUUGUGUCAUGGAAUUCAGAAGGAACUGGUUUUGUUGUGUGGUCUCCAGCUGAAUUCUCAGAACUCACCUUGCCUAGAUAUUUCAAGCACAACAACUUCUCUAGCUUCAUUCGCCAAUUGAACACAUAUGGUUUCAAGAAAACAUCAUCUAAAAGGUGGGAAUUCCAGCAUGAGAAAUUUCAGAGGGGUUGCAGGCAUAUGCUGGUUGAUAUCACGAGGAAGAAGUGCGAGCCAAGUGUGUUUCCUUCAUACCUCAAGUCUUCUUCUGAGGAAAACGCAACAAUGACAUCUAAUUCAACGGAAGAAAGCAAAGAUUAUCAUGAACUACUCAUGGAGGAGAACAAGAACCUAAAGAAGGAGAGAUUGGAGCUGCAGACGCAGAUAGCUGAAUGCAAAUCACUACAAAUGAAGUUGUUGGACUGCCUCUCUCAAUUUAUGGACAAACACCAAAAUAAAGUUAGGAAAACAUGCUAAUUAAUUGAUGAUUAUUUAAUGGAAGAUGCAAAUAGUGAAAAGAAAAUUGUGGUGUUGCCGUGUUUGUCAUUCAAUACAAAAUAGUACAUGUUUUAUCC